AUGACAAUGAACUACACGAGCUGGGUGAUUCAUGUGCAAGCGAUGAUGGAUGGUCAAGGCAUCUGGGAAGUAGUCGAGCCGGUGGCCAGUGCAUCCAUCAACAAGAAGAAGGACAAGAAGGCGAGGUCGCAUCUCUUUCAAGCACUCCUAGAGGACCUCCUGAUGCAGGUGGCGAGGAAGAAAACUGAAAAGGAGGAGGGAGAGACGUUAGACCAGUACACCAAAAAGCUCAACACCAUGUCUGUCGGGUAUGCCAGUCUGGUGGAGAUGCUGGACGACAUUGCAUUAGUCAAGCAGUUCUACAACCUCGACAACAUGCCAUUCGAGGAAAUUGUGGGGCGGCUAAAGGCUUUUGAAGAACGUGCUCGCCCACGUGCAUCUGACAGCAACAGUAAUAGCGACAGUCAGCUUCUGCUCACCCGGGCCGAGUGGCAGGUGUGGCAGAAGGACAGCGACGACUCCUCGUCAAGCAACAAGGGCAAAUACCACCCUCCUUCAGAUAGCAACCAUGGUCAGGGUGGUCGUGGUUGCGGCAGAGGUGGUCACGGUGGUACGUCGCGUGAUGACAAGGAGAGCGACUUGGGCGGUGGUCGCCGCAAUAAGAGUCACAUCAAGUGCUACAAUUGCUACAAGAUGGGGGACUACGUGAAUGAAUGCAAAGGAACCAAAGAAGAAGGAGGAAAAGAAAGGCGAGACACACCUCACACGUACUGA